AUGCGAUUUCCUAUUUACAUCAAUGGAGGAAACAAAGACGUCGAAACCAAGGCCUUGAUCGACUCAGGAGCCACCGGAUUAUUCAUUCACUGGAAUUUUGUCAAGAAACAUCGGAUACCAACCAAGACAUAUGCGAAGCCUCGCAUAAUACGGAACGUCGAC